AUGAACCGAGUUGUCAUUCCACGCGGACAAGGUAAAUGGAGAGACGCCAAAUGCGGUGUGAUCAGGCAGUCAUCGCGGCCACAAGAUGGAAAGAUCACGACAACUACCCAAGGAUUUACCUGCAAUCACUGUCAACAAUAAUGGCAGUGUUAAAGGCAAGGCAUCUUUUGUUCGACGACUGGCAAUAGGAUUUGUGAUUCUGGCCAUAUUAGGCCUCUUAUAUGUGCCAGCGUAUCACUCUGCUCAGAGUCCGUUCUUAAAUUUAGGUGAAACUCCAUCCCCUACAGAACUUCUUGGCAGUUCACGCUCUGCUGCAUCCAUGGCACAAUUACCUGGAUGGUCGUACAAUACAUCAAGAGAUCUCUAUGUUUAUAUUCAUCCAGAGAAUAAUACAUCGAUUCUCAGUCCUACCGGCAUCUGUUUAUUACCGCCAUACCUGCUUAUAAUUAUAUGCUCGGCAGUCGCUAACCAAGAAGCCCGUAUCGCUAUUAGGAGUACUUGGGCCAAUAAAUAUAUCUUAAAUAAUUUGUACAAUUCUACAGUAAAAAUAGCGUUUUUACUAGGAAAAAGUGACAAUGAUACACUUAACCACUUAAUUGUUGAGGAAAGUUUUCAGUAUAAUGAUAUCGUGCAAGAACGUUUUUUUGAUACAUAUAACAAUUUGACACUGAAAUCAGUCAUGAUGCUGAAAUGGGUAACGUCGAAUUGUGAUCAAGCUAAAUACCUCAUGAAAACGGACGACGACAUGUUUGUAAAUAUUCCCUUGCUUCUACAAACGCUGCAUUCAAGAACACAAUCGGAGACUCUUCUAGGUUCCCUCAUUUGUAAUGCUAAACCAAUACUAGAUCCUAAAAACAAAUGGCAAGUAUCCUUUCUGUAUACACCCAAGUAUAUGUACUCGGAGAAAACAUAUCCAAAUUAUUUAUCAGGUACAGGGUAUGUAAUGAGUAUGGGUGCGGCGUCUAAAUUAUAUCAAGCAGCGUUAGUAACACCGUUGCUACACUUGGAGGACGUUUAUGUCACAGGUUUAUGCGCAAAACGCGCAAAAGUCCGGCCCGUGAACCAUCCUGCAUUCAGUUAUUCACCUCGCAAAUUAGAUCCUUGCAUUCUCAAGAACGCAAUUACUACGCAUAAGGUUAAUGCGUCCAAUAUGUAUGUGAUUUGGGUUAAAAUGAAUAACACGAGUGUUCCGUGCACCAAUCGUACUCGCAUUGAUAGAAAACCGAUCACGUUGAGCAGAAGCGGUAGGAAUGCUGGCUAUUAUGUCUUUAAAAGAAAAGCUAUAAGUAAGUGCGUUUAA